AUGAAAAUAUAUACGAUAUCAACAGUUCUUACCCUUGGAGUCUUCGUUUCCGCUGGUCCAACGAUCAAGCCCUCAGCCCUUGGGCAUGACGGCCAUUGCAAAACGGUCGACCUUCCGAUCCAGGCCCAAGCAAACAAUGUCAAGCUUCCACCCUACCCUAACUCCACCUUGCCCGGAGUGUUGUACGAAUACCUAAAUUUCAACUCUUCUGCCCUUCCAAGACAGCUAGUCAAUGGUACCUUUAACAUUAGUGCAACAUAUUGUGAGCCGACUGUCAAAGUCGACCACCGUGAGAACACGAUCCAAGUUCUCCUGCAUGGACUUUCUGGAACUAAGGAGUACUGGAAUGGUUACAAUGGAGCCGCCGCAACGUUCCCGGGACAAUACUCUUGGGUUGCACAUGCUCAAUCCCAAGGCUAUGCCACUCUGGCCAUUGACAACCUCGGAAAUGGCCAAAGCGACCACCCCGAUCCCGUCGACAUUGUGCAAGGGCCGCUGCAACUUGCGAUACUAGAGAGUAUAAUUCAAAGCCUCCGACGUGGUGCGCUCCCAUCAAUUCCCGAUUAUGAAAAGGUCGUAUUGGUAUCGCAUUCAUACGGUUCCGUCAUCGCUCGUCUCGUUGCCCAAUUCUUUCCUACAAACGGUGCGGAUGCAUAUAUUCUUACAGCAACAUCCAACAAGCUCCCCGGUCUUGGAGGCUUCGUCGCCGCGACACAUGCGCAGUCAGCUAGUGCUGUCAAACCCGAGCAGUUUGGGGACCUUGUCCCAGGCUACCUAGCAGUCGCGCCCCAGGGUGUCCGCGAUGGGCUGUAUCCGCUGGAUGGGAAGUAUGAUCCCAAGAUGUUACAGGUCGACAUUGAUGAGCCACAUGUCUUCGCCGUUGGAGAAAUUGCUGCGUCUCAGUCUGCAAAUGCUGUCCCGAGCAAUUUCACCGGCCCGGUUCUGGUGAUCACCGGUCGCCAGGACCAGAUUGUCUGCGGGAAUGGGAAUAUAACAGCUUUUGUGCCAGACUGUGGCGUUGGGAAAGGAUCAAACCCAGACGGGACGCGGGUUCUGUUUCCUAAGGCAUCUCGAUUCGAUGCUUAUGUACCGGACGAUUCGGCUCAUGCCAUCAACACUCAGUACUCUGCAUCGGAGUCCUUUGGAGCAGCACAUCAAUGGCUACAGACCGUAGGGUUCUAA